AUGAAGUUCCGGUUAGGCAACCAAGCCGCCCAAAGGGAUACGCCCAGUGAGGUCUUCAACUGGAAACUCUACUGGGGCUGCUUCGUCUUCGGCAUUCUGGGCGCAGGCCGUGGUCUCGAUGAAGGUCUCGUCGGUGGCAUGAUCACAUUGCAAAGCUUCAAGAAUGAGUUCCCCUUGGACGAAGGUUCAGCCUCGGAACAAGCCAACCGCGAGUCGAACAUCACAAGCAUGGUCCAGCUGGGCUCCAUCGUCGGCGCUCUGCUGGCUUUCCUGCUUUGCGACCGGCUCGGUCGGGUGCGGUCGCUCCAGGUCCUGUGCGUGCUGUGGCUCGCUGGCUUCAUAAUCGUGGUCACGAGUUAUGGCAGCAUCGGCCAGAUCCUGGCUGGUCGCUUCAUCGCCGGCUUGGGUAUUGGUAUGACUGUCGUCGUAGGUCCCACAUACCUGGCCGAGACAGCCCCGAGGGCCGUCCGUGGUAUGCUUACGAAUAUCUUCGCCGGCGCUGUCUACCUCGGUGUCAUGAUAGCCUAUUUCUCAAAUUAUGGAGCAUCGAUCAAUCUGUCGAACGAUUCAAGAAGUCAAUGGGUGGCACCGCAGACCGCUCAUAUCGGAUUUGCUGGCAUGAUCCUCAUCUGCUCCUUCACCCUCAGCGAGACUCCUCGCUUUCUCACCAUAAGGGGCAAACACGAGGAGGCCACCAAGGCCCUGUGUCGCCUCCGACAGCUGCCGGAAUCCCACCCAUUCAUACAAGCGGAACUCGGCGGCAUGCGCGAGCAGCUUGAGCGCGAGCAAGAAGCAACCCACGGCGUCUCCGUGUGGGGAAAGCUUCGUGAGAUGUUCAUGAUCCCCGCCAACCGGUACCGCUUCAUGCUGGGGCUCAUGGCGCAGGUUCUCGGCCAGUGGUCGGGUGCCAGUGCCAUCACCAUCUACGCGAACGAGUUCUUCGGCAUCUUGGGCAAGUCGGGCCAAUCCGAGACACUGUUGACGACGUGCAUCCUCGGUGUAGUAAAGUUCAGCUCGGCAUACCUCUGCGCCUUCUUUUUGAUCGACUUCAUCGGCCGGCGCCGCUCCCUGUACGCCGGCAUCACCAUUCAGACCAUCGCCAUCGCGUACGUGGCCGGGUACGUCGGGAUCGUGGGAACCGACCGCCUCGAUGCAGGAAACUUGACCCCGGCUAUGCAGCGCGGAGGCGUUGGGGCUAUCGCCAUGAUCUAUAUAUCAGGCGUCGGCUGGACCAUGGGCUGGAACUCGUUCCAAUACCUUGUCAACGCUGAGAUCUGGCCGCUAAGGCUCCGAGCACUGGGCUCUUCCAUCACGAUGUGCCUCCAUUUUGUGAACCAGUUUGGAAAUACCAAGGCCGUCCCUGAAAUGCUGCUGGCUAUGAACAGCUGGGGUUUCUUCACAUUCAGCUGUGCCAUCGGCCUUGUGGGACUUAUUUGGGUGUGGUUCUUUGUUCCUGAACUGUCAGGUGUCUCGAUCGAAAACACCGAUGACCUGUUCUCGCUCCCUUGGUACCAGAUUGGCCGUCAUGGACAUAAGUUCGUCCUGAAUCAGGAGGGAGCCAGAGCUGUACGUCCUGAGAAGGAAGAGAGUGAGGUCGAAGAACACGAGGUGGCGUACAGUCAAAGGGUGUAA